AUGGCUUUAAAGCCAGAGUGUUACAAAAGUAGUAAACCAUCCUUUUUCAAGGUCCUUAUUGGUGACUUCUCUGAGCAACUGCGUAUACCACCUGCUUUUGUCAAGAACUUUAAUGGUAGGUUACUUUCCAAAUGCUUGCUUAGAAACUCAACUGGAAAAGUUUACAUAGUACGAGUGGAAAAGAGAGGGAACAAUGGCUUGUUCUUUUGGAGUGGUUGGCAUGACUUUGUGAAAGAUAAUUCUUUGGACAUAGGGGAUUUCCUUGUUUUCAAAUACGAUGGUAGUUCAACGUUCAAAGUCAAGAUAUAUGGUAGAAAUACAUGCGAGAAGGAUGUGAGGUUAGCCCAAGAGGGAAGAAGAAUAUCCAAUUCCUUUUAUGAAGAAAGGAAAACAAAUUCAAAGAGCUUUGGACAAAAAGCAACCAACUCCAACAAAAUAAUUUCUGGAUGUAGUAAGUCUGGCGAGGAAUUUAUUAACGAUAAUAUAGAAGAACCAGGAAUGAAGUCAAUAUGUUCAUUCAAAUCAGAAAACUCAUACUUUAUUGCAACUUGGACUUGGUAUAGCCAAUACUACAUGACGAUUCCAAAGUUCGUAGCUAUCGAGAAAGACCUAAUUAGCAAGAAGAGGGCAAUGCUUCUUGAUCCAACUGGAAGCCCAUGGCCCGUUAGACUUGAUUUGGUGGCUGAUGGGUUUUUGAACAUGACAAAUGGUUGGCCUGACUUUUGUAAAGGAAAUAAGAUUGGAGCAGGUGACACCUUCAUUUUUGAGUUUGUCACGCAAACUGUGAUGCAAGUUCAUAUAUUUCGAGCAGGAGCUAAAAAGGAAGCACAAUGCUUGGGAGUUGACAAAAAGAUUGAAUGUACUGCAAUUGGUUAGAUUAUGCCUUUAUGGGUUUUUUUUUUUUGGUUA